AUGGCUAUUGCUCCGAUUACAGGGACGCUGAGGAAGAGAGUGCUCAUCGAUAUCGUCACCGGGUUCACACUCGGCGGCGCAAUGGCGUCGUGGUGGUGGUGGGGGUACCACAAGAAAAUAGUAUUUAAGAGGGAACAGUUCUACCACGACUUGGCAGAGGCCAAGAGAGGUGUUUGA